CAGUAGCCCUUUAAAUAUUAUAGCCAGCCAAUUAUAACUUUUGAUUAUUGUCAUAACAAGCAAGUUGUGCUACUUGUGUGCUCUGAAAACAACCCUCUCUGUGACCUCCCCUUUGCCCCACUCCUACUUCACAAAGUAAAAAGUUUUGUCCCUAGAAAGAAACACCGGCCAGCCACGCUUACGGUUUUGUGAAACCAACGUCUCAUAAUUUAUGUCCUUUCGUCUUCUCAUAUAUUCAUUCACAUUUCCCUCCCUACAAAAACCCAACUAAAUUCACUUCAAAAGUUUCUUCUAUACAAAUUUACUUACGAGCAAAUCAUAAUACAAAAAGCGAGCUAGCCAUGGAGGAAUUGAUCCCGGGGUUACCUAAUGACAUAGCUCUUGAAUGUCUCAUACGUCUACCUGUUCAACAGUUCUCUAAAGCAGCUUCUGUAUGCAAAAAUUGGAACAGCGAGAUUACGCUACCGGAGUUUCGCCUCCGGCGGAAAUUAUCCGGGUUGAACCAACCCGUUUUGGUCAUGGUCCAAUCUAUGGUUUCUACUGUGAAAAAGCCAGAGGGUGAUACUGCCCUUUCUUCUACUCAGGUUUACCGGCUAUCUGUCUCUGACCCGGAAAAUGGCUCAUGGUACGAUUUGCCGCCGAUACCGGAGUUGAUUGAUGGAUUGCCGAGGUUUUGCCGGAUUGUUGGAGUCGGGUCGGAUUUAUUAGUGAUUGGCGGGUGUGACCCGGUUACUUGGCGGGUCAUGGACUCUGUUUUCGUCUACAAUUUCAUAUCCGGGUUAUGGCGUCGCGGUGCGGAUAUGCCAGGUCGGCAGAGGUUGUUCUUCGGAUGUGCUUCGAAUUCCGACGGGAUAAUCCUCGUCGCCGGCGGACAUGACGACGAAAAGAAUGCUAUGAAGUCGGUCCUCUCAUACGACGUCGUUAAAGACGAGUGGAUUACAAUUCCGGACAUGUUCAUGGAGAGAGACGAAUGUAAGGUUGUAUUUCACAAAGGUAAAUUCCACGUCAUCGGCGGUUAUCCUACGUGGGCGCAAGGUCACUUUGAGAACCAUGCUGAGGUGUUCGAUUUUGCCACGUGGCGGUGGCUACUGGAAGAUGACUUCUUGAGUGCGAUCAACACUUCUCCUCAUAGUUGCAUUGAAGGUAAUGAUGGGAGAUUAUACAUGUGCCGAGGCGGUGACGUGGCAGUGAAGGAAGAUGCUACGUGGCAGAAGUUGGCGGGAUUGCCACCAGGGAUUACCAGCGUGGCAUAUUUGACAGCGUGUCAGGGGAAGUUGAUGUUGGUGGGAAAUGGCCAAUUUUAUGGACUGCAUAGUUUGUAUGCUUUGGAUCUAGGGAGUGAUGGUAAAUUGGAAAAAUGGACAAAAGUAGAGACUACUGAUGAAUACAGUGGUCAUGUUCAAUAUGGUUGUUGCUUGGAGAUAUGAUAUUCUCAAAGGCAAUCAUUCACAAAUCCGGUUAAGGGUGAUUGUGUCUACUUAUUUAACUUUAUACAAAUUUUUAAUUGUCUACUUGUAUGUAUCUAUAAUUGAAGUACAAAGAUGUCAGUUAAAGUUAAGUUAAAUAGUAAAUUUACGUAUUAUUGUAUUUUUUUAAAAAUUUUGUCUAAGAUUGCUCUUAUUUUUGGCAUGUACAGUUGUGUAGUUGUGUAGUGUGAUUCAAGUUUUGACAAAUAUUGGCCUGCUACUGC